GCCUGGUCGAGGAGGCGGCCCAGGCGAGGAGGCGGCCCGAGUCACUCGCGUGGCGCUGCCGCUGAACAAUUGAAGAGCAAUUUAUCUCAUCGCUCUCUUUGCUGUGCAUUUAACGUGUGCACACUAAGUGGUCGCGCUAACGAUUUCAGGAAAUGCAAAGAAGAAGGCCUGAGAGAGUCUCUGCGGUAAAUCGCGCAGCGGCGCAAGAUUUACAAAGCGCAGACGAGAGAACUAAUACCAGACGGAGGACGUCUCUGAAUGCUGUCACGGCAAAGAGGGACCUCAACAGUUCCAGGACCCCAAGAAAUGCAGGUGACAGUUCUGAAAGAGCGGCUGAAAACGGCGACACCUCGAGGGAGAAAAACACCCACGGGGUGGUCUGCGCUAAACAAGGUUUGGGCGAAGAGGCGUCAUCUGGUGUGAACCCAAGUGCCCGCGCGUCCACGCUUGGGGAGCUUCUGGAGACCCUGAAGUUACUGGAGGAGGAACCUGACACAUCGCCUCAGCCCGACAAGUACGCGUGGAUUGACAAGGGGGAAUCAGCCAUAGGCAGCCCUACUGAGACAGCUGUGCCCUCCAAUGCCACAUUAACCAAUCUCAUGGAGACAUUGGAGCAGAUGGAGAAGAAUGCGCAAGAUAUCACCACAGCUUUAGUUUCACCACUUCCAGCAGAGGUAUGUGAAGAAAGAUAUUUUUCUCAGAUUGAGCAAGAAUCGGCAGAAGUGACAAGUACCUUAAUAAAGAUGAAACUGGAGCUGGAAGAGAAGAGAAGGAGUGUUCAUAUGCUGCAGACUGCUCUGGCUCAGCAGAAGGAACUCACAGUUAGGUAUGCAAAGGAUGCUGAUCGCGAGAGGCAACUUCAACUCCAACAACAAAAGGAGCAUUAUGAGACAGCCAUCCAACGCCACCUCUCCUUCAUUGACCAGCUAAUUGAAGAUAAGAAGAACCUGAGUGAAAAGUGUGAGUCGGUCGUUAAAGAACUGCAGCACAUUGACGGGAAGUAUGCAAGACGCCUUCAGCACAUGCAAGAGCAGCAUGAAAAGGAGGUAAAGAGGUUGAAGGAUGUAAUGGCAGCAACAGAAAAACUGAGAAGAGAAAAGUGGAUCGAUGAAAAGACCAAAAAAAUAAAAGAAAUAACAGUAAAAGGCCUGGAGCCAGAGAUCCAGAAACUGAUCAGCAAACACAAACAGGAACUGGCACGACUCAGUGCACUUCAUGAUGCCGAGUUACAAGCGAGCGAUGAGCGUGCUGCCAAGCGUUACGUGCAGCAAAUCCAGGAGCUCCGAGCCCAACUCGACAAGGAAAAAGAAGCUGCAUGCCAGCGGGAGAGAGAUGUGGCACAAAAGCACUAUGAGCAGGCGUUGAUGGAGGAACAGAAAGCUCUGCACCAACAGAGACUGAGAAUUGCCGCGGAGCUGAGUCAAGAAAAAGAACGACUGAGCGAGCAGGCUCACAGGCAGAGGGCUGAUCUGGAGGAACUACGCAGACAACUGGAGAGGAAUUCUAUUACAGCCUGCCAGGCACUAAAGGAAGAGUACCACCAUGCCAAAGAAGAGCAGGAAAAACGACACCAGGUAGAAUUGCUGGGGUACAAAGAGCGACUUGAAAUUGAGAAACAGACUUGGGAAGAAAACUACAGGAAAAAACAGGAGGCCUGGCUGCUUAGUCGUGAGCGGGAGUUGCGCGAGGAGGUUCGCAAGACUCGCGAUGAGGAGAUUGAGAUGGUCAUCCGGCGGCUGGAGGACGAUGCUACAGCCACGCGCCAAGAGUGUGAUCGUGCGGCCGAAAACAGGCUGCGACGUGUGCGAGAAAUGCAAGAGGCUGAGGUGCGUGAACUGGAGCAAGCGGAGAAGAGGGCUCAGGCGAAGGCUGUUGAGUUGAGGACCCGCUUAACCCAGGUGGAGGGGGAGGCUGCCCGCUGCCAGGGUUUGCUGCAGCAGAAGGACGCAGAGUUAUCUGAAAUGAAUAAGGUGAAUUCACAACUGAUGGAAGAGCGGAAUCGCCUCGGUGCUGUACUGAGGCAGGAGUUUGCAGAGCGACUGGCGAUGACGGAGGAAGAGAAUCGGCACCUGCAAGCUGAGAUGACGGAGCUGAGAGCACGGCAGCAUGCAGAGAUACAGAGGGUUCAUCAGGAUAAGGAAAAGGAGCUGCAGGAAGUGCACCAGAGAGUUAAAGCUGCCAUUGUGAAAAAAGAAGAAAUGGUGAACAGUUUAAGGAAGCAGCAUGAGGCUUCUGUAAAGCGCGCAGAGCAUCUUGAAGGCCUCUUGGAGCAGCAACGGAAGCAGCUACUUGGGAAGUGAGCUGCGAAAGGUUUCUAUUGACCUGUAUGUUGAACGUCUUUCGUACCGUACGUAACACACCGUGCUCAUCGGAGGUGCGAACCUCAUUAUGGUCCAGUGUAGUUACAGGGAGGCUGUUUACUGAUCCUAUUUGAGGGGCCUUGUCGCGAUGUUGGGAUGACAAUGUUUCAUUGUGCCCCCCUAUUUCCCAGGAACCCAGUAUUUAUUGAAUUAUAAAUGUAAGUGUAGUCCAAUAGUGGCUGCAGUGAAAACAAUUUGUGUGCUUCUCGAUGCCACAUUGUAUUGAGCUCACCACAAGAUUAUUUUAGGCAUUUACAAUGAAUAAAGGCAUUGAGAUAUUGAUAAUUGUUAAAUACAUUAACUGUGGUUUAUGUUAAAUACAUUUACUGUGGUUUAUGUAUUUAAAAAUUGCAUGUUUUGUAUGUGGGAACAUAUUAUAGAGCCUAAACAUUUGUAUCGUUGACUGACAAUUUCAGUGUUGUUAGGGUCAGAUAAAUACAUGCAUUUGAUUUUUUAGAAACUAAACUCCUACUUCUACGACAAAAGUAAAGCAAUUUCAAAAGUGCCUGUCCUAUGCUCUGAGCUGUCCAGAGCCAUUCUCUGCUGGCUGUGUGGAUUUUGGCGAGCCCAGUAGCCUAGAUUCACAUUACAAGUUGUCAUUGUAAGUUGUGGUCCUUUUGCUACGAUUUUACCAAUAAAAAAAGAGUGUGAUGUUUGAAA